AUGUUCGCAGGAGCAGAAGUGAAAAGACCAAUGGAGACAGCUGCCAUUUCUACGUCUCUUCCGCCUCCUCUUAUUCCCCUGCCUGAGAGAAACACUGAGCUGCUGGCUGAAGAGGAGACGGGGAGAGAGGCUCCUAUCCACGCUCAGGAGCUGGAGUCCAACCAAAGACUGACAGAUCUAACCCAACCUGAGUUGGCAGUUGAGGCUCUCAGUGACACGGAAAGCAGCCCCACACAAGAAACACACACCGAAAAGGAAAUACAAGGACUGACAGAAAAAGAGAGAGAGACUGACAUCACAACACAUCAGAAUAACGGCACAGACCAAUGCUCUGCUACCGACACUACAACCCAUGCCUCGCUUGAAAUUCCGGGUUCUCCAGUCGACCAAUCAGAGGAGUUUGAUUCACUGUUUGACUCGGGAUUGGACGAACAUUCAUACAAGGCCCCGCCUCUCCUUUCAGAUACAGACCUCGCUAUUUUUGAUCCAUGUGCCAAAGAAGAUCAACUGUAUGGAUCACCCAGCCACGCUGAACUCCUGUCCGUUCCUCUAACCGUUCCAGAUGGGACUGAGUCUGCUGGAGAUGUGAGCUACGUGUACCAGGCCAAUGAAGAGAUGAAGGCCGCCCAGGAAAAAGAGAGGAACGGCGAAUACAGUGCAGCAGUACAACGAUAUAGGACGGCUGUUUAUAUAUUUAUGAAAGGAGUGCCAGGAGAUGUAGAUUUGAAGAGGAGAGAAGCAGUGAAGAGGAAGAUUGCUGAAAUCCUAGAGCAUGCGGAGAGACUUCUCUCCAUACAGACUCCCACUCACGACCACAAUACAUAGAGAAACUGUUUAAACACACACACACACACACACACACACACACACACAUACAUACGAACUCAAGCUUCAUCAAACCUGGGACACCCAAGCACACUCCCACAUACGUUCUCUCAUCAACUGAGUUUUGACUAACACACACACAUAUUGAAACAAUUCCACCACAGUUUCACUUAAGUGCAACUCGCCGGCCACCCACACAGU